CUGAGUCCAGCUGUGCUUCUCUCCUGCUGCUCCCUCUCAUAGCGCAGCGCUGCUCGAUCACUCAGGCUGUGCAAUGGAGAGAUGGGCGAUGCUGGCCGCGUGCGUGUUGCUGUGCUGCAGCUGCACUAUGGUUACUGCCAUCCAGAGGGCUGACAUGUUUCCUUACGGCACUUUAAAUGGAGAUUCGGUGUUGAGAGAGGGCGACGAUGAGACGUCCAAAGUGCUGUCCCUUCCCAGACCCUUGUACUUCUUCAACUCCCCUUUCUCCCAGCUAUAUGUGGCCACCAAUGGCAUCAUAUCAGCCCAGGACUUGCCAAUGGAGAAGCAAUACGUUGAUGACGGAUUCCCCACAGACUUCCCUGUGGUGGCUCCAUUCCUGGCUGACAUUGACACAAGCGGAGGGCGAGGACAGAUUUACUACAGGGUGACUGAAAUACCCAGUGUGCUCAACAGAAUCGCACAGGAAGUACACCGGGGGUUCCCAGAUGCAAAUUUCACACCCACACACGCUGUAGUGGCAACGUGGGAAAAUGUCCCGGCAUACGAAGAACAAACUCGACCCUCUAGCCCUCCAAACAAGGUCAAUACGUUCCAGGCUGUUAUUGGUUAUGAUGAGACAGACUCAUAUGUCCUCUUCCUCUACCCUGAAGGCGGUCUGAACUUCUUUGGCACACUGCCUAAGGAGUCGUAUAAUGUUGAGAUAGAGCUUCCAGCAAGAGUUGGCUUCAGCAGAGGAGAAAUUCCAAAUAUAUUAACUUCCCGAAAUGAAGGCCCUUACUACAGUGUCACCAGUAAUGAGCAGAGUGUUAAAAACCUCUACCAGUUUGGUAACGGUGGAAUUCCAGGCCUUUGGCUUUUCCACACUGGAAACCGUUAUUCCUUUGACAACAUUGUACCUGCAUCCAUUAAAGGUCCUGUUUCUACUCCACCAACUGUAGGAUAUGACUCCCAUAUGGGCACCACCACCCCAGACUAUGAUGAGUUUGAAGAAUAUGUGGAGAAUACGUUUGACCCUAAUACCCAAGAAAGAGAAGAUGAUUAUCCUUUAACAGGGAGGAACCCUGAAUUCCAGCCUGCACCUGCUGAUGGUGACCGAUCAAGUUUCCUUCUACCGCAAAACCAUUAUGGGAGCGACAAUAUACCAUUGACCUUUGAACCUGUGUAUGGUUUCGAGCCACCAGAGAGGCAGUACGCUUCCCCUAAUCCUCCACAGACAGUCGCAGAGGGAGGUGCUCAGCAGCCCCAGGAACAGCAACCACAGCUGCCUCUGAAAGUGGUGAAUGUGCACACCCCACAUAGAAAUGCUCCGCCUCUUUCCCCUGGAGCACAUGUGGUCAGUGUGGAUGAAGAACAGGUUAAUUUUGACACAGGAGUGAUUCAAUAUACUACAGAGAAUAAGGAAACAUGUGCCAGAUUCCUGCAGCAGUGCUCCCAGAAUGCAUUUUGCACUGACUAUGCCACAGGCUUCUGCUGUCACUGCCAACCAGGCUUCUAUGGAAAUGGACGCCAGUGUCUGCCUGAUGGUGCCCCCCAGCGUGUUAGCGGUAAGGUGAGCGGUACUGUGUAUGUGGGAUCGACUCCAGUAUCGCUGAACAACAUUGAUCUCCAUGCCUACAUCGUGGUGGGAGACGGGAGGGCGUAUACUGCCAUCAGCGAGGUACCAGAACCAGUGGGCUGGGCACUGAUGCCAGUUGCACCCAUUGGAGAGCUAUUUGGAUGGCUGUUUGCUUUGGAGCUGCAGAAUAGCCAAGCAGGAUUCAAACUGACAGGUGCUGAGUUCAGUCGUCACGCAGAGGUUGUAUUUUACCCUGGGAACCAGCGCUUGUCAAUUAUUCAGACAGCCCGUGGCCUCGAUGACCACAACCACCUAACCGUGGGUACUGUAAUCAGCGGCAGUGUGCCCUUCCUUCCUCCUGGUGCUGAAGUUACCAUGGAGCCCUUCAAAGAGACUUACCAGUACUACCCCUCAGUUGCAACCUCCACCUCUAUUAGAGAGUAUUCAGUGGUUACAGCAGACCGAGGGUCCGAGUCCUUCUCUUUCCAGCUGAAACAGAAUAUCACCUACCGUGACUGCCCACACAACAACCAAGCUGCCACCCCGGAGACUUUGCAGAUCCUUAUGGAGAGGGUGUUUGUCAUGUUCGUGAAGGAGGAGCGGAUCCUGAGAUACGCCAUCACCAACAAAAUCAGCCCAGUUAGAGCUCCAGGCCCUGAGCUGCACAACCCUUGCUAUGCCGGGACCCACGACUGUGACACCACAGCCCAGUGCAUCCCGUUAGAGGACCUGGCUUUCCAGUGCCAGUGUGCUACUGGUUAUACAGGAGAUGGGCACAACUGUUACGACAUAGAUGAGUGCGCUGAGGGUUUGGGCACAUGUGGGGAUAAUUCUGAGUGUGUGAACCUGCCUGGGAGUCACCGCUGUCACUGCCAGAGGGGCUACGAAUUUGGCUACGAUGGGCGUACCUGUGUUGAUAUAGAUGAGUGCAGCUCUUCUCCAUGUCACAUCAAUGCCAGAUGUAUUAAUGGACUGGGAUCUUUCCAGUGUCAGUGUCAGCUGGGGUUUUUUGGGAAUGGUUUCUACUGCUCUCAGCAGGAAGAUCGACCGGAGCGUCUUAAAACUCGCUGUGAGCACCACAGAGACAGCGUAAAGACCACCAGUGCUGAUGGAUAUCCUAUAUGUGUGGACAGUAGAGGAGAGGAGAGAGCAGGAACCAGGACUCCACCUGGUGCAGCACCUGUAGACUGUGACAGACCAGAUGAGCGUCUCAAAACUCACUGUGAACACUACAGAGACAGCGUGAAGGCCACCAGUCCAGAUGGAAAUCCUAUAACUGGAGUCUAUGUACCACAGUGUGAUGCAGAAGGACAGUAUCUACCUCAGCAGUGCCAUGGCUCCACUGGCUAUUGUUGGUGUGUGGACAGUAGAGGAGAGGAGAGAGCAGGAACCAGGACUCCACCUGGUGCAGCACCUGUAGACUGUGACAGACCAGUUGCAGUGACUCCAACAGAACGCCCUGAGAGCAUGUGUGAGCGAUGGAGAGCCAGUUUGAUUGAGCACUAUGGUGGGAAACCUGGCCCACAGCAGUAUGUACCUCAGUGUGAGCCAGAUGGAGAGUUCAGUCCAGUCCAGUGUUACGGGGAGACCAACUACUGUUGGUGUGUGGACCAGAAUGGACGCAUGGUUCCCGGAACCAAAUCAGAUGAUGCUGUCAAACCUGCAUGCAUCUCGUCAGUGCCACCGCCUACGGUGCGUCCAACAUCCCGUCCAGAUGUCACCCCUCCCAUGAACACUGGCAUCACACUGCUGUACGCUCAGGGCCAGAAAAUAGGAGCGCUGCCUCUCAACGGGACCAGACUAGACGAAAGCCGAUCCAAAACACUAUUGGCUCUACAUGGUUCCAUAGUUGUUGGUAUAGCCUAUGACUGCAAGGAAAACCAAGUCUAUUGGACAGAUUUGUCUGCGAGAUCAAUCAACAGAGCUUCAAUGGUGUCUGGUGCUGAGCCUGAGGUUCUCAUUAACACAAAUCUCGUCAGUCCAGAAGGUUUGGCAGUGGAUGUCAAACGCCGGCUGAUGUUCUGGGUUGACUCUACUCCUGAUGUGAUUGAAAGAGCCAACUUGGACGGCAGUGGGAGGAGGACCCUGUUUGACACAGACUUGGUGAACCCCCGUGCAAUCAUAGUGGUUUCUUCCACCGGUACUCUGUAUUGGACAGACUGGAACAGAGAGGCCCCUAAGAUCGAGAGCUCAUCAGUGGAUGGUCAAAACCGCCAGGUGAUAGUGUCUGAUGGGAUUGGUUUGCCAAAUGCUCUAACAUAUGACUCUGCUUCUGAACAGAUCUGCUGGGCUGACGCAGGUACAAAGCGUCUAGAGUGUAUAUCCUCAGAUGGUUCAGGUCGAAGAGUAAUCCACGCCAACCUCAACUACCCAUUCAGCAUGGUCUACUACAGGAACCACUUCUAUUACACUGACUGGCGGAGGGAUGGUGUGAUUGCAGUGAACAAACACAGAAGUCUGUUCACUGAUGAGUACUUGCCUGAGCAGCGCUCUCAUUUGUAUGGCAUCACCGUAGCAACGACCCACUGCCUACCAGGGAGCCACUAACGACAGCCUGCACCCGCAGUGUGCUUUGGUGCUAAAGUUCUGAGGCGAUUCAUGGACAUAAGGCAGGUCCAGGCCCUCUGGUGUCCCUCUGGAAGAAGGACACUCAGCAGGGGGCAAAGAUGGCUUACGACAGCCAGAUCAGCAAUCAGAGCAAAUUUACACCCACUUCAACCCCAGUAUCUCACCUUAAUGUAACCCAAAGUAAAUGAUUUGUAAAUUUGUUUUAUACCUCAUUUUUAGUUUUUUUCUACUGUAUUUUUGUAUUGCUUGAGAUUUUUGUUUUUCUGUUGAAUAAAGGUGCAGAACAAUGAAAUCAGAUGUUAAAAUGCAUGGUUGUAGUUUUUGGGGGUUUAAUUGUACUUUAAAGCCAAAGAAGAAUAAUUUGAAGCUUUUCCUUUUGGGAAAACUAACAUCAAGCUGUUGGGUUUUUUUUUUAUAUAUCAACAAAUAACAUUGGCCAUUAAGUUGAGAAGUUACAGAUGCACUCAUAGUGGUCUCUGGUUAACAACAAGAACAACUGCACAUUAAAGGUGCAGUCUGGCUUUUUGGGGAAUACUUUUGGGGAAUAAUACUGCACUCACAUCUGUGAGCUAAAUACACAGACUAAGAAAAAACUGGAUAUAUGGACAAAAGUCCUUGCCACACAUUACACUUAAAGGAGUUGCUCAACCAUGGAAACCCAUGCCAUGAAGUUCCUAGCACACAGCUUUUUGUGCUGAUGUUAAUGACAGAGCAGGUUCGAAACUCAGCGGUAACUGAGUUAGCAGAUUUUGGCGACUUUUGCGCAAUUCGUGUCGCAGCACUUUAUGUGGUUUGAUAAUGUGUCCAAAUUGUAAUAAAACAACACUUAUGUCUUUGUUACACUGAAGCUAGUUCUGCCCAUAAAAUGCUAGCAUUAUGCUAAUGUCUGUUAAAGAUUUACAUCAGAAAAUGCUUGAUUGAUGUUAGACUUUAGGUACACUUUAGAAGUUGGUUGUUGGUGACUGUUAUUAGGAGACAUUGUCUGGCUACUGCUCCACCGAGCCCCUUUCAUUCUGGACUGUCUUGUAAACCGUCUGUAAGAAAUAACAGUUAAGAGAAUAAGAGCUCUGAGACAUUAAACUCUCAGCGUGCAAAGUCCUAGUUUCUCAGUCAGAUCUAUGCCAUGCUGUCUUACACCUUGGCAUUUCACUCAGGCUACGUCCACACGUACACGGGUAUUUUUGAAAACUGAGAUUUUCCGUUUUCGUUUUUUUUUUUUUUUUAAAUCCUGUCCACGCGUAAACGCAAAAACGAAGGACAACGCUGCUAGGAACAUGCCAAAACAAUAGGUGGUGAUAUAUUCCUAACCGUGUAGAAAUAUUGGCCAAUCAGAAGCCUAGAAGCCUGGGUGGGAAAGGGUAAACAAAGAUGGCGCAUAGAAGCAGAACUGAGUCCUAUGUGUGGCGGGACAUAAACUGUGUGUACUGUAUAUAUGUAAGCAUUUAAACAGUAAAAUUAACAGUAACAGUAUUUUGUCUAAGUCCACCAUUGUAGAAAUUUAUUUCACCGAAACAAUAACGUGGCGCACAGUGUGACGUCAAAAAA